AUGGAGGCAGAGCAAGGAGCGACGUUCGCCGGAAGGAUGGCUGCGGUGGAGAGAUCGCCAUUGGGAGAUGCAAUCGUGAAAGGGAACGAGCGGAUGGAGGCGAUGAGAAGGUUUUUGAGGCACCAUGAGAACCAGGGCCAAGAUUCUGUUGACACCCCCAUUCAUCUCCUUCAUCACCACUGUUUUCUAGCGAAAUCCAACAACAAAACUUGUUUCUUCUCAAAUUCACGAGGGAGGAGCCCUGAGACUCUGCAAAUUCAUCUCCGUCUCUCGAACUCUAUGGCUGAUCGCGCCGAUCCUUCUCCUUUGGUUGCACCUUCUCUGAUCACUGAGCCGACCGAGAUCGACUUAGAAGCCGGUCCCGGGGAACAAAUUCAGUGCCGAAUUUGUCUCGAAACCGAUGGCAGAGAUUUUAUUGCACCCUGCAAGUGCAGAGGGACAUCAAAGUACGUUCAUCGGGAGUGCCUUGAUCAUUGGCGUGCUGUGAGGGAAGGAUUUGCAUUUGCUCAUUGCACAACAUGCAAGGCUCCGUAUCAUUUAAGAGUCCAUGUUCUUGCUGACAGAAAAUGGAGAACCAUGAAGUUCCGUUUCUUUGUUACCAGAGACAUUUUGUUCAUCUUUCUUUCUGUACAGCUUGUGAUUUCUUUAUUGGCAUAUUUGGUGUAUCUAAUCGAUGGACACCAUAAGUUUUGGCUUCGCCUUGCCUGGGGUUUCGAUAGUGAAACCAGCUUCUACUACAUAUGUGGUGCAUUGUUAUUUUUUGCACUACUUGGUCUAUCCGGAUGUUUUAUAACAUGUUAUGAUCGAAGAGUCCGUAAUGAUCUUGCUCAGCCUUGUAGAGAAUUAUGUCUUUGUUGCUGUCAACCAGGAGUUUGUGCAGAUUGCCAUCUACCUGGAACACUGUGUAUGUGGACGGAUUGUACAACGUGCUUUGAGAGUUGUGCAAGUGCAGCUGGAGAAUGUGGUUGUUUAGGGGGUGCAGGUGAAGCUGGAUUGCCGUUAAUAUUUAUAAUGGCGUUAGUGGUGCUUGGACUUUUUACUGUGAUUGGAAUAUUCUACAGUGUGCUUGUGGCUACAAUGGUGGGACAAAGGAUUUGGCAAAGACAUUAUCAUAUUUUAGCUAAAAGAAUGCUAACAAAGGAAUAUGUGGUGGAGGAUGUUGACGGUGAAAUAACAGGAAAUGAUUGGUCUCCGCCGCCGUUGCCGCCAGAGCACAUUCAGCAGCUGAAGACUCUUGGCCUCCUUUGACUAUAAUGGGGUUCUUGAAUCUUGACUUGAGAAUGACACAACAUUUUAUUGAUUAAAACAAAGGAGUGGAUUAUAAUUUGAUUGAGUGAAUGUAAUGGUUUCAUAUUUGAAUUCUUAUUUUUCUUGCUAAGUUUA